CAGGCUGGAGUGCAGUGGUGUGAUCUUGGCUCACUGCAACCUCUGCUUCCCAGGUUCAAGGAAUUCUCCUGCCUCAGUCUCCCGAGUAGCUGGGAUUACAGGCAUGCACCACCAUGCCCGGCUACUUUUUUUGUAUUUUUAGUGAAGACGGGGUUUCAUCAUGUUGGCCAGGCUGGUCUGGAACCCCGACCUCAGGUGAUCCACCUUGGCCUCCCAAAGUGUUGGGAUUACAGGUGUGAACCACUGCGCCCGGCCAUGAAGUGUCCAAUAAAUAUUAGAUUGACAUAAAGAACCCUCAGGUGUGCUAUCUCAUGGAAUACCCUCAAAUUCCUCUCUGGAUCUUCCUAUCACAGUAGUAGUAUUGGGAUCCCAUUUGGAUCUCUCCCACUAUAGGUAGCUCUUCAGGGGGACAGGCUAAGUAGGAGAGGCUGGGAGUAAGACUGUCUGAUCUAGGAUGUCUUGCUUACCACCCAGGUAGGGGGUUAUAUACUCCCAGCCUGAUUCCAUUGUAACUCUUGCCGAAAUCCGGGUAAGGGAAGUAGCCUCUUUAAGAACUGGUAUGGGCAGGCCCAAGUUGUCAAGGCUUCGGAGGUAAUGCCCUGGAGAGCGGGAAAUGGGGUGGGGUUAGAGGCCAAGGCGGGCACCCAGGAGGCAGGCCCAGAAGAGUACUGCCAGGAAGAGUCGGGCGCCGAGGAGGAGAUGGCAGCCGGAGCAGCAUGGCCUGUGCUGCGCUCUGUGAACUCGUGCGAGCACUCCCGGGUUAUCAUCUGCAAUCACAGCCCACGCAUCGUGCUGCCUGUGUGGCUCAACUACUAUGGCGAGCUGCUGCCCUACCUGACGCUGCUGCCCGGCAGGGACUUCCGCAUCCACAACUUCCAAAGCUACCCUUGGCUCUUCAGAGAUGCAAGGACACAUGAUAAGCUUCGGGUUAACCAAACUGAAUUGUUUGUGCCAUCUUCCAAUGUUAAUGGACAGCCUGUUUUUGCCAACAUCACACUGCAGUGUAUACCCUGAAAGAGCAAUGCCUCCAGGUUGUUCGAAGCCUAGUCAAGCCCAAGAAUUACAGGAGACUGGACAUCGUCAGAUCACUCUAUGACGAUCUGGAAGACCAUCCAAAUGUGCUUGAAAGACCUGGAGUGGCUGACGCAGGAGCACAGUGAAAAUCUGUGGAUGGCUGGGCACGGUGGCUGACACCUGUAAUCCCAGCACUUUGGGAGGCCACAGCAGGCAGAUCACUUGAGGCCGGGAGUUCGAGACCAGCCCGGCCAACAUAGUGAAACCCGUCUCCUCUUAAAAAAUACAAAAAUUGGGCCGGGCGCGGUGGCUCACGCUUAUAAUCCCAGCACUUUGGGAGGCCGAGGCGGGCCGGUCACGAGGUC